UGUCGUUGCUAUGGGAAACCUGACGAAAAGCAGGAAGUGCUGGAGCUACAUUGACAGCAGUGUAGAUUUGUGUUUAUCUCUGUGUUUAUGACACUCUAGUGCAAAAACUUCAUGACAGAUAGCUUGUUCUUCUCAACGGAACAAAUAUAUAACACUUAACCCGCCGUCGGAUGAACAUUUGACCAAGGUUUGAAGGACCUGUGGAGAAAAUGAGUCGGAGCCGGAACCCUCCGCAGAAGGGCCAGGGGGCCGCCAGGGCCAAACAGAUGGGACUGCUGCUGGAUUUGGCUCCUGACGGCGGUCUGGAUGACUCCGGAGGAAAUGAUGAGGAUCUGGAGGCGGAGCUUCUGGCACUGAUGGGAGGAGGAGGGAGGAGCGGUCCAGCCGGCAAGAGACCCGGAGGAAAAGCUCCGGUGCCCAUGGAGGACAUCGAGCGGAUGGCAGCGCUUUGUAUGAAAGACCUGGACGAGGACGGAGAUGACGAUGGCGAUUUGGAGAACGAUGCUGAUCUCUUGGCCGAGUUGAAUGAUGUGCUGGAAGACGAUGAGGAGCAAGUGGUCAGGAAACCUCCUCCAUCACCAGUGCCUCCUCAACGCUCCAGUGCAGCGCCCACAUCCCAGAAUGCACCUGCCAGCCUGGAGGCUCGCCUACAAGAGCGCUUGGACAUGUACCAAACGGCCAUCACCAACGCCAAGGCCUCGGGGGAGACCAGCAAAGCACGGCGAUACGACCGCGGACUGAAGACUCUACAGUCCAUGCUGACGUCAGUUAAAAAGGGGAAGCCCAUCAGUGAAGAUGAGAUUCCUCCUCCUGUGGCCACUGGGGGAAACCCCUCCGCUGCUCCUCAGGCCGAGCCAAUCACAGAGCUAGAGAAACCAGCUCCAGCAAACACGCCACCGCAGACGGCCAACGUCAAGCCAGUCGCUCCGUCCAAACCUCAGCUGCUACAGCCUCCACCACAGAGAGUGACGGCCAUGACACCCGAUACACCCGCCAUAUCACCCCUCACACCCGGCCAGCCCAACACACAGCACUCGGAGCUCAAAGCCGGUGUAUUAAGCAGACAGAGAGAGUAUAAGCUGGCAGCGUUAAAGGCCAAGCAGAGCGGAAACACUGAACAAGCCAAACAACUCUACCAAGUGUCCAAGAGACUGGACUCGGUGGUGGAGAGUGUUGACCGAGGGGAGUUCGUGGACCUCAGCUCACUGCCGCCCCCUCCAGGAGAUGUUGAAGUGCCACGCUCUGACCCUCCUCAGCUGUCCUCCAAACCAGCCGCCCCUCCUGCUGCACCCGCUGCUGCCCCAGACACAGCUCUUUCUGCUCCCCGGAGCGUCGCCGAGGCCUUACAGCAGCGCAUGGACAAAUACAGAGAAGCUGCAGAGAGCGCCAAGAGCAAAGGAGACGAGCGCAAGGCACGCAUGCACCAGCGCAUUAUCAAGCAAUAUCAAGACGCCAUUAAAGCUCAUAAAGCGGGACGGCCGGUGAAUUUGGCAGAACUUCCUGUUCCUCCAGGUUGUCCUCCACUGCAGGGCACUGAGGGCGGCGAGCAGAACUUUAUGGGCGUCCUGGAGACCGCUAUGAAGCUGGCCAAUCAGGACGCAGAUGCAGAUGCAGACGCAGAUGAGGAACCACAGAAGCCAUCAGCUCAGCCUGCCGUUCAGAAAUCCAGAGCUCCCGCUCCUCCGAAAGCCUCGUCCGCUGCAGCGACGCCCACCGGCUCCACUAACACCCCCAAACUAGGAGGAAAAGCCCAGCAGCAGCUGGAUUUCCUGACCAUACGCCGACAGCAGUUCGUGAAGGCCGCGCUGCGCUCUAAAGAGAUGAAGGACAUGCAGGGAGCCGCUCAGCACCUGAGGAACGCUAAAGGACUCGAGCCCAUGAUCACUGCCGCCAAGGCCGGACUUCCUGUGGACAUCAGCAAGGUGCCGGCCGCUCCGGUCAGUGAGGACGACUACAGACUGUCUCAUUCCCGCUCGUCCGCUCUGUCUCCGCGCUCACUCGAGCAGUACACUCAGCUGAUGGCACAGCUCAAACAGCAGCACGAGAAAUGCCUGGCGUACUCGCAGCAGUUCACUCAUAUGGGGAACGUAGCAGAAACCGCCAGGUUUGAGAAGCUGGCUGAGGAAUGCAUGAGUAAUAUUGAAGUGCUGAAGAAAGCUCAUGCUAAAGGAAGAUCAGUUCCUAAAUACCACACAGAGGAGCGCACCUUCAACUCUGUCAAGAUCUUUCCUAACCUGACGUCCAGUGAGAUGGUGCUGACCAUCGUGAAAGGAAUCAACCUGCCCACUCCUCCAGGAGUCUCAGCCAACGAUCUGGACGCGAGUGUGCGCUUUGAGUUCCCGUUCCCCAGCGCCGAAGAAGCUCAGAGAGACAAAACCAGUACUGUGAGGAACACCAACUGCCCAGAGUUUAAGGAGCAGUUCAAGCUGAACAUCAAGCGAGAUCACAGAGGCUUUAAGAGAGUGGUUCAGGCCAAAGGCAUCAAGUUUGAGAUCGUACACAAAGGCGGUCUCUUCAAGACAGAUAAAGUGGUGGGAAGUGCUCAGAUGAAGCUAGAAGCUCUUGAGAACCAGUGUGAGAUCAGAGAGAUCAUUGAUGUGUUGGACGGACGCAAGGCGACGGGAGGAAAGCUGGAGGUGCGAGUGAAGAUCCGCGAGCCGCUGUCUGGAGUUCAGCUGCAGCCGGUGACAGAGAAGUGGCUCGUCAUCGACCCGCUCACACCCUCACCAGAGAAGGACAGAGAGCGAGAGAAGGACAGAGAGAGGGAGAAGGACAGGGAGAGGGAGACAAGCAGGGAAAAGGAUCGGCAGGCUCCUUUGGAUCCGAGAUCCAAACCUAGGAACGAUCACGACAGGAACUCUAAACCAAGCUCGUCUCCUCCGCAGUAUAAGAUGCACAGCUUCGGUCUGCUUCACCACGACAAAGAGAGGCUGGAGUGGAAGAUCAACGAGUAUAAGAAGAACAGACGAGACCCGUCAGAGCUGAUCAAGCAGCACAUGGACGUGUGUCAGAGACUGCAGUGGCAGAAAUCAUACCUGGAGAAACAUCCGGCAGCACUCACAGAAUAUGAAAAUGUGCUGCGGAAGUUUGUUCACGGUCUGUCAGAUUCAGUUAAAACGUUUUCCAGCCAAGGCAACAGGGACGCAGCAAAAGACACCCUGGGACGGCUGAAGAUCGUGGAGAACGAGCUGGAGUCAGUCAGGAAAAAACGGGCCAUCAGAGAGUGACACGACUGUCUGCUUCUGAAAUCAUGAGAAUAGAAAUGAAUCCUGACAGAUAUAAAAGAGCUGCAGAGGGAAGCACACACACACACACACACACACACGUAUGCAAUUAAGCACCUUUGACAUUGCUGCUCUUCAUUACUCUGCGGUCCAGACCAUCAAAACUUUCCUCAGUUUGACGUCUGAAUGUUUCGAGGGAGAUCAAACUGAUCUCAGCUCAUGC